UUUAACCGGGAAUUUGGGAGAGUAUUUUUAUUUGUUUUUCUAUUUUUAUUUGUUCAAAACAAAAACAUCAGAAUGAGUGAUUAUCCGGAUCCCGAGGAAGAAUUUGAAUUGAUGUACGGAGAUGAACUAGAACUUUUACGAGAAAGAGAACUGGAUGAACUACCAACAACUACAUCAAAAUCGCAACACAUAAAUACUCAACUCACUAAUGCAAAUGAUGUCCAGCCGUCACAAUCUACUGUUAAUCCCUCAUUAUCCCUGUUCUCCCCCGAACCCUCUACUAGUCAUGAAAAUGUUGAUUUAUUUCCACCUUUGGAACAACUGACCCAGGAUUCUGUUACUAGAAAGAGAACAGCUGAUGAGUUAUUUGGUGAUAUUGGGGAUCUGGACUUUGAUGAUUUUGAUAGUCAACCAACCAAAAAACCUAAAUCUGAUGAUGAAGAACUUAGAGAAUUAAUGGAACAUAUAAUACUAUUACGAAAACUGAAUGCUGAAAAGAGCAAUAUGCUUUCAAAAAGCAAAUCGAUUUCUACAAAUACUGCUGAUAGAGACAAAUACAACAUAAGUCGCAGAGUUCCUCAGUAUCCAUUUGUAGGAAUUAAUUGUCAUGAUGGGGAAAGAAUUUAUAUUAGAUUUCAUUCUGAGGAAUAUGAAAAAGAAGAAAUACAAAAAAUUGUUAUGGAAUCUUCAGGAAAAGACAUUUUGGGUGAAAAGCGUAAAGUUAUUUGGGAUGAAGCACAAGUUUUGAUAACUAAACAAAUAACUACGGAAGAUGAAGUAAUGGAUAUUGAUGUAAAUAGAAUAGAAUCAUCCAAUCCCACUAGACAGUUAUGGACAGAUUUGUACAGACCCAGAAGAUAUGUUGAACUAUUAAGUGAUGAAAGUACCAACAGAAUUAUGCUAAAAUGGUUAAAGCUUUGGGAUAAAGCUGUUUUUAACAGGAGACCUAAGAUACAUCCUAUCAAGCCCACUGAUCCAAAUAGCAAAUUUAAAUUUUCGAAAUUUGAGUUAAACACCGAAUUAGAUGAACAUGGUAGACCUAAAUAUAAAGUUGCUUUGUUAUGUGGACCACCAGGUUUAGGUAAAACCACACUAGCUCACGUUGCUGCUAGACACGCAGGUUACAAUGUGGUGGAAAUAAACGCUUCUGAUGACCGCAGUACAGACGCCUUCAAAACUUUACUGGAAAACGCAACCCAAAUGAAAUCUGUAGUCGAUAGAGAAGGAAGACCUAAUUGUGUUGUUUUUGAUGAGAUUGAUGGGGCUCCACAGACUUCCAUAGACUUUUUAAUAAAAUUCAUCAAUGGCGCCGCUGUUACCAAAGCCAAAAAAGGAAAGGCGCAAAAGGAGUUUAUUCUUAAACGGCCUAUAAUUUGUAUAUGUAAUGACGUUUACGUUCCUGCAUUAAGGCCGUUGCGACAAGUUGCCUUCGUCGUACAUUUUCCAUCGACUUCAAGUACUAGAUUAGCUGAGAGGUUGAUGUGGAUAUCAAGGCGAGAACAAAUAAAAACCGAUUUGGGUGCUAUGAUGGCUUUAGCUGAGAAAAGUAAUAACGAUAUAAGAUCUUGUUUAAAUGUGUUACAUUUUUUUAAAGCUCAAAAUAAGGCUGUAGGACUAUCUGAUAUUUACAAAGUUAAUAUUGGAGAGAAAGACAUGCAAAAAGGUUUGUUUACCGUUUGGCAGGAAAUCUUCCAUAUAGUUCGUCCGAAAGUAAAUCCUUUAGUUCAUCAGACAACCUCGUCCCAUAAACAAAUGAUUCAAGCCAGGAUGUCGAAAGUUUUACAAACCAUUUGCUCGUUUGGAGAUUACGACAGAGUAGCACAAGGUGUUUUUGAGAAUUUUUCUCAUUUAAAACUAAAGGAUUCUACGUUACAAGGACUAAGUCAAGCCAUGGAUUGGUUCGUUUUUAGUGAUAUUUUAAACAAGCAGAUCUAUUCUUUGCAAAAUUAUUCGUUAAGUUCGUAUUUGCCGUACGCUUUUGUUGUUUGGCAUUUUUUGUUUGCUACUCCUCAAUCGCAGAAGUUAAAUUUUCCCACUAUGGGAUACGAGGUGAGUUAUCGCAAUAUUUUACACAAUAUUUAG